AAGUUACAUCAACAUGACACUGUAGAAAAACAUCAAAAUAUCAUAAUUCUAUAACAGUACAGUUUGAAAAUUCUUCUUUGAUUUCCUUUAAACAGAAAAAUACAAGACCUUAGUGACGUUUACGAAAGUGGUGUAUCCAAUCUUCUUACGGGGCCUUCAGCAGCGCAAGAAAAAAGCAGGCAUCAACUAGAAUGUACAAUAACCUUGGCGAAACACAAUUUAAAUGAAAUUAUUACAACACUUCAUCACGUCUGAACUUUUAAUACGUUUUAUUGAAAAGGCAUUUAAGUUUAGCAUACGGAUACCGCAUGUGACGGUACGACGAGACAGUGAUGAAGGAAACUAUUCCAGAGAACUCUAGUGGUGAUUUUCAUUCGACUACCUGGCAACCCUGCAAUUGACUAGUUAAAAUACGCCUUGUGUAACGUCAGAACUCAAAGUGUUAUUUCUGGAAUAAUGGAAAACUGAACGUGUUAUUUUGUGAGUUUAUUCCAGUUGUUACGGAACACGUUCUCAAUCAGCUCAUUAGAUAGGCCUAUUUUUUAGAGUUUUGCUAGAAACGCAGCGUAUGAACGAUGUCCACACCAGCAAGAAGACGUCUCAUGAGAGACUUUAAGAGACUUCAAGAAGAUCCACCUACUGGAGUGAGUGGGGCCCCAACUGAUAACAAUAUUAUGAUAUGGAAUGCUGUGAUAUUUGGUCCUCAUGAUACACCUUUUGAAGAUGGAACUUUUAAAUUAACUAUAGAAUUCACAGAGGAAUAUCCUAACAAGCCACCUACAGUAAGAUUUGUGUCAAAGAUGUUCCAUCCUAAUGUGUAUGCUGAUGGUGGCAUAUGUCUAGAUAUUUUACAAAAUAGGUGGAGUCCAACAUAUGAUGUAUCUGCUAUAUUGACAUCCAUUCAGUCACUUUUAAGUGAUCCAAAUCCCAACUCCCCAGCAAAUUCAAUGGCAGCUCAACUGUACAAAGAAAAUCGAAGAGAAUACGAGAAGAGGGUGAAAGCUUGUGUGGAGCAAAGCUUUGUAGACUAUGAUUUAAAAGAUAAGCUGCCAUUUGGUGGAUUGUCUUUGUUAGAUGAGCCAAACCCCAACUCUCCAGCAAAUUCUCUUGCUGCUCAACUGUACCAGGAAAACAAGAGGGAGUAUGAGAAGAGAGUAUCAACAAUUGUAGAACAGUCGUGGCUAAAUUUCCAGGAAAGUCGAGAUGAAGCUUUGGAUGAAGGAGGACAACAAUAAUGCAAGGCAUCAUUAACAUCUGAAAAGUACUUGUUAGGAUAAUAUUCCAAAGAUAGUGAUAAAAGUGAUAUUAUUCUCUGCAUUAUUAUGCAGCUUUUAUUUGAGGGAGAGUGACUUGACAAAUGGUUUCCUUAGUGAUUGGAAGUUAAGUAACAGUACUGCCGUAUUUAUUGUCUCGUUCAUUUAAUUAUGUUUAGUUUUUGCAAAUUUAACAUUUUAGUUUUGAAUAGUAAGGAAAGAUAAGAUCAAAACAGGAGUCUUCAUUUCCUUGUUUGAAGUUAAUAAUUAAAAAUUUAUACUGUGAAGAUGAAACAAAAUUAAAAAUAACCGCAAAUUUGUGUGUGUGUGAAUGAGCCUAGCUGAAAAUUCUGUGAUGAAGCUUCAGAAUUUAGGAGCAUGUUAUUUAAAAUGCACAAUGUAUGUGCUCAUAAAACAACUGUAACUACAAUAAAAACCAGAGGAAGUGCAACAGUUUUCCUAAUUGUUCUGAAAUGCUUAAAAUCCUGAUGUGCUUGAAAGUAGUUGUAUUAGAUUAAAUUAGUAGUUUGGUAACAUCUGUUACCAAUAGAGAUUUAUACCGAUACAAGUUUGUGUUUCAAUUAAUAGGGAAAUAAAAGCAUUCUUGCAUACAAGAAUCCACUGUACUGUGAAGUCUUAAGGAAUAUUAGUACACAUUCCAUCUUAAUUUUGUUUUAACCCAUCUCCUGUUAAGUUACUCGUGCGUUCUGUGUGCAAAAUGUAUAUUGUGCAUUAAAGUGAAGCACAUACAUUGUAUACUUUUAACAACAACAGAUUGAAAAGAGAAGAAAAUGUGAUGUGAGAAACUUGACUCUUAAGUGAACUCUACAGACAAAAUCUAUAAGUAGUCUACAGCGAAGUUGAAAUGCUGAUGAUACUCUGAAAUUGGAUUAAACACAAUUGUUUGACAGUGAAUUCUAUAGGUAUAUUAAUAAUGCAUUGUUUUGUGGAACAGCUAAAUUCUUAAUUUAAUAAUUUUGUGAUUUGACAGGUCUUUAUUCAUCCAUACAGUACUAUAAUAUUCAUGGUUUUUGAUUUUUUUUACUUUUAAAUAUUAAGCUAAAAUGUAGAUAAACUUCAACAAUUUAUCUCUGUGGCGUAAUUGUCUUAAUACAAGACUAUUCUUAGUAUUUUGAUCAGAUAUAAUUGAGCUCUUUUAAAUAUUCAGAUGGAACUUCACUUGCCUAGCCACAACAAAUGUACAGGUAGAAGAGAUGGAAGGAUGAUUAAACAUAGGUCUUAUUUAUGUGCAGUUUAUCUAGAAAAUUUAUACUUCUCCAGUUGUAAAGUUGUGGUAAAGGAAAUACAUUUUCCCCAAUUAUUUUAUUUUGUAACCGCCAAUAAAGAAAAAGCUAAGGAGUUUAAACUGAAAAUUGUGGUGAUAAUAGAACUUACUGGUUCCAAUAAGGUACAGGCUGUAAUUAAGAUUUCUUUUAACACUCCUGACUAAUUCAUUUGCUCUUGUUUAUUUUCGAUUUCCUAUCAUUAUUUCCAAAUUGUACUCUCACAUUAUCUUUUGCCUCUACUUGAUACAAGAAUUGUAUGAUCAAUAUUAAAGCUCAUGUAAAGCAUUAUUUUACGCAUCAUUUGUUUUUUUGUGCAUUGUACUUUACUUCUAAAAGAAGUAUAUUGAUUUUUCAAUAAAAAAAAACUUUAAAAAUUCAUUUUCAUUUCUUAACAAUACUAGUUUCCUUCAAAACUUUUAAUUGAAAUGUUUCACCUCUACAAUAAAUGGAUUUUAUUUUUAAAAUU